AUGGCGCCAUCCACUACAUACAGUAGUGCCAAAAAUGCCAAGGAACUUUUGGAUAUGAUUGGGAAAGACGUGUACAAUGAAAAAGUGAAAAGUGAAGCUCAAACAUAUAAAGAGGCGUUGAAAGGAGAUUUGAACACAGCAAAUGGUUAUAAUUCGGAAACACGUGGCACCACAGAUCCAUGCAGACUUGUAGAGGAUUAUCGUAGUAAGGCUAUUGGUGAUGCUAACAGUGAACGGCAUCCGUGCGGAAUAGGAAAAGAUGCAAAAGGAGAAGAAGUACCACGUUUUUCGGAUACACUUGGUGGCCAAUGCACUGAUCAUAGAAUAAAAGGUAAUAAUCGUAAUGUAACUGGUGGAGCAUGUGCUCCACUCAGACGAUUACAUGUAUGCAACAAAAAUAUGGAAAAAAUGGACUCAACGAAAAUCAAGGAUAAAAAUGUUCUGCUGGCCGAGGUGUGUUAUGCAGCAAAAUAUGAAGGCAAAUCAUUAGUAGAAAAAUAUAAAGAAUAUAAACAACCGAAUAAUGAUUCCGAUACGGAUAUAUGUACAGCCUUGGCACGAAGUUUUGCAGAUAUAGGAGAUAUUGUAAGAGGAAAAGAUCUGUAUCUCGGUUAUGACGAUGAGGAAAAAAAACAAAGAGAUGAAUUAGAAGAAAAUUUGAAAACAAUUUUCAAGAAUAUAUAUGGCAAUUUGGAUAAAAAAGAUCGCUACGAAGGUGAUACUAAAAAUUAUUAUCAAUUAAGAGAAGAUUGGUGGUAUGCUAAUAGAAGACAGGUAUGGAAAGCUAUCACGUGCGACGCUAAGGCUUUUAACUAUUUUAGAAAUACAUGUAAUGGAGAAAGUCCAACUAAAGGUUACUGCCGGUGUAACGACGACCAGCCAAAUGCCGACAAGCCAAAUACCGAUCCCCCAACCUAUUUUGACUAUGUGCCGCAGUAUCUUCGCUGGUUCGAGGAAUGGGCAGAAGACUUUUGUAGGAAAAAAAAUAAAAAAUUAAAUGAUGUUAAAAAACAGUGUCGUGGAGAUAAUGGUACAGAUCGAUAUUGUAGUGGUAAUGGAUAUGAUUGCACAAAAACUAUUAGAGCAAUAGGUAAGUAUGCUAUAGGUGAUGAGUGUACUAAAUGUUCUUUUUGGUGUCGUAUGUAUGAAACUUGGAUAGAUAACCAGAAAAAAGAAUUUCUAAAACAAAAAAGAAAAUAUGAUAAAGAAAUAGAAAAAUAUAAAAACGGAACAUCAAACGGAACAACAACAACAAAAAAAACGUCAAAUGGUCCUAUUAAUAAUUUUUAUGUAAAAGAAUUUUAUGAAAAACUUAAAGGCGGCUAUGAAAAAGUCGAUGAUUUUUUGGAAUUAUUAAAUAAUGAAAAAGAAUGUAAAGGUAUUAAUGAACAAGAAGAAAAAAUUAAUUUUAAAACAGCUGAUAUUAGUCUUAAUAAAAAUAAGAAUGAUGAAGGAACAUUUUAUCAUUCGGAAUAUUGUAAACCCUGUCCUCAUUGUGGAAUGAAAAAGAAAGAUGGUAAAUGGAUAACCAAAGCAGACGAUGAUAAAUGCAAUAUAAAACUUUAUAAGCCUAAAAAGGGCGCAACAUCUACUGAAAUUAAAAUCCUUAAAAGUGGUGAUGAACCAACAGAAAUUGGAAAAAAAUUGAAAGACUUUUGCACUAAAACACAAAAUGGUACUGGUGGUGGUGGUGGUGGAAGUGGUGGUAAUAGCGAAAAGAAGGAACUUUAUGAUGAAUGGAAAUGUUAUGAAUUUAAACAUCUGGAUAAAGUUGAAGAGGGUGAGGAUGACGAGGUCUAUGAGAAGGAUGUAAAAAAUGGAGGCGGAUUAUGUAUAUUAAAAAAAGAAGAAGAAGAAAAAAAAGAAGUAAAGAAAACCAAUUCUGAAAAGGAACCUAAGGAAAUCCAAAAGACAUUCCAUGAUUUUUUUUACUUUUGGAUAAGACGUUUUUUGAACGAUUCUAUGUAUUGGAGAGGAAAAGUUAACAGUUGUAUAAAUAAAUCUAAACGUGAGAAAUGUAAAGAAGAAUGUAAAAAAGAAUGUGAAUGUUUUCAAAAAUGGAUUGAUAAAAAAGAAAAAGAAUGGGGGCAAAUCAAAAUACAUUUUAACACGCAAGAUUUUGGCAGUAAAGGAGGACUUCUUGGCGGAGUAAUGACCGCUGAUUUUGUUCUUAAAACAGUUUUGAACAUAGAGGAUCUUUUCAAAGAUAUUAAAGAUGGUUAUGGGAAUGCAAAGGAAUUAAAAGGAAUUGAGAACAUGUUGGAAAAGGAAAAACAAAAAAAUAAAGAAGAAGAAGCAGGUGCUAGUGGUGGCGAAGAUAAUACCACAAUUGAUAAAUUACUACAACAUGAAGGAGACGAAGCCGGUGAAUGCCUAGAUACACACAAAGAAACGUGUCCAGAUGAAGGCCUCGGUCGCACUGCAGCAGGUUACAGACCUCCAUCUGUCACCAAGGGUGGUGAUGAGGAAGAAGAACUCUCCACAGACGAAGAAGAAGAAGAAGACGAAGAUGACACGGAGGAAUCACCACAAGCGGAGCCGGAGGAGGCGGAGUCGGAAGACCCGGACGGGGAGUCGUCAACCGCAGAGACAACACAACAAGAGGCGGUGGCACCUACAACACAAGACAAUGCGGAGAAGCCAUGUGACAUAGUGGACAAACUCUUUCAGAACCCCGAACAAUUUAAAGAAGUCGCAUGUAAACAAAAAUAUGCCAAAAACAACUCACGUUUAGGAUGGAAGUGUGUCACACCAAGUGGUGAUCAAAAAGCCACUAGCGAGGGUAAUGGUGACGCCAAUCGUCGUGUCGCACGUCAAACCAGUGAAAGUGGUGAAAAAAGUGGUGAUAAGGACGGCGCCAUAUGUAUCCCACCACGAAGACGACGAUUAUACAUACAGAAACUACAGGAGUGGGCAAAAACAGUGGGUAACACAGUAGUUAGUGGUGAACCACAGACACAAGGUGAAGCGUCGUCACCUAGUGAUAAAGAGUCCUCACAAAGUGACAAACUGCGUGAGGCGUUCAUCCAAUCUGCGGCAAUAGAGACUUUUUUUUUAUGGGAUAGAUACAAAAAAGAGUGGGCGUUACAAAAGUUGGCGGAACUACAACGAAAUGGAGACCUACCCUUUUUCACCUCCGGAGCAGGAUAUGGAAUGACAGCAGUAGUUAACGGAGCACAACCAACAGCAUCACCCGGUCAUAGCAACGGCCUCAUCUCUCUCCCCUCCCUCGUUACAGAUAGUGACAACCCCCAAAACAAAUUAAAUGAUGGCACAAUCCCACCAGAUUUCUUGCGUCAGAUGUUUUAUACUUUAGGAGAUUAUAGGGAUAUAUUAUUUGGUGAUACCACGAUGAUUGACACGUUAAAAAAGAGUGGUGACAAAGAUAUGUUGCAAAGAGAACAGAACAUAAAAGAAGCUAUAGAUAAAAUUUUAAAUAGUGGUAACAAAGAACCUAGUGACGAACAACGUAAAACCUGGUGGGGCGACUUCGCGCAGUAUAUUUGGAAUGGAAUGAUAUGUGCUUUAACCUAUACAGAUAGUGAGAAAAAAGACGGAAAACCACAACAUAAUGAAAGUGUGAAAAAGGCAUUUUUCGGAGAAAACAACACCGACAACCCUGUCACAACCAGCACCCAAAACGGAAGCCCUCGCCUCCCAACUGGCACAACCGGCAACACAGAAGGCACAUACGAAAAAACCUACAAAUACGACAUAGUCAAACUCGACGAAAAUAGUGGUACUGGCGACCCCCUCAACAACCCCAAAUUAAAAGAAUUUGUGGAAAUACCUACGUUUUUUCGUUACCUGCACGAAUGGGGUCAAAAUUUUUGUAAAGAGAGGAAAAAGAGGUUGAAACAAAUUAAAGUGGAUUGUCGUGGUGAUGAAAAUACCAAUAGAUCUAAUGAUGGGGAUGGUUUUAACUGUGAACAAAUAGUUCCAGAUAAGGAUGUAUUUUGGGGGGAUUUCAUUGGUUCCAGUUGUGCCACAUCUUGUAGUUAUUAUAGAAAAUGGAUAAAUACCAAAAAAGCGGAAUAUGAAAAACAAGAAAAAAUAUAUGUUCACCAAAAAGCAAUUGCUAAAAAUAAUAAGAAUGAUAGUGCAUUUUCUAGAACACUAGAUACAUACACUACUGCUGGAGAUUUUUUAGAAAAUUUAAAAAACGGACCAUGUUCUAAAAUUAAUAGUGCAGAGGAUAAUGGAAAUGGGAAUGAAGAGGAUAAAUUAAAUUUUAGACAACCAAAUGUAACAUUUAGACCUGCAACAGAUUGUAAACCAUGUUCUUUAAAUGAACUUAAAUGUAAUUCAGAUGUUUGUGGUGGUAAUACAAAAAGGAAGUGCGAUGGAAAAACGGAUAUUUCUGCAGAAGAUAUUGAAACCAUGGGACAACCUACUGAAGAUAUAGGUAUGCUUGUGAGUGAUAACAGUACAACGGAAAUUAAAGAUGAAGGUUUAAAGGAGGCUUGUAAAGAUGCAGAUAUUUUUAAAGGUAUUAGAAAAGAUGAAUGGAAAUGUGGUAAAUUUUGUGAUGUAGAUGUAUGUGUUCUGGAAAAUUUUAAUAAGGAUAUACAUGAUAAAAAAAACGUAUUAAUUAGAACAUUGUUUAAACGAUGGUUAGAAUAUUUUUUACAAGAUUAUAUUAAAAUUAAUGCCAAAUUUUCACAUUGUACGAAUAAUGGUGAAGGAUUUGCAUGCAAAAAUAAAUGUAAAGAUAAAUGUAAAUGUGUAGAACAUUGGAUAAAUCAGAAAAGGACACAAUGGGGAAAAAUAAAAGAACGUUUCUUUAAGCAAUAUAAUGUUACUGAUUCAAAUGAUUACAAUGUGAGAAGUUUUUUGCAGGACUUGAUACCUCGAAUUGCUCUUACAAAUGAUAAAAAACAUUUUAAAACCUUAGAUGAUUUAGAGAACAUAUAUGGAUGUAAUUGCGCUUGGAAGUCAGGAAAUCGUGAAGAGAACGAUCUUGUUAAAUGUUUGCUUGAAAAGCUUAAAGAUAAAAUUGGUGAGUGCAACCGCUUCCAAACUAGUGCCAACGACUGUACCACCACCCCCACCGCCUUUGAAGAGGACGAUGACUAUAUACCCCUUGAAGAAGAAGAAGAAAACCAAGUGGUGCAACCGAACAUUUGUCCAGCACAAACACCAGCACCAACACCAGCACCAGCACCAGCACCAGCACCAGCACCAGCACCAGCACCAGCACCAGCACCAGCACCAGCACCUAGUGCUAGACCCAACCACGACCAAAACCCCCCCGGCACCGGAACGAGAAAAAUUACCAAAAGAAGACAAAAAAGCGACAAAACCAAAAAAACCUCGAAUCCAACCCCCUCAAAUGUAUUGGACCACCCCCUCAUGAAACCCGCCCUCAUGUCUUCUACCAUCAUGUGGAGUGUGGGUAUUGGUUUUGCUGCGUUCACUUAUUUUUAUCUAAAGAAAAAAACCAAAUCAUCUGUUGGAAAUUUAUUCCAAAUACUGCAAAUACCCAAAAGUGAUUAUGGAACACCUACCCCGAAAUCAAAAAAUAGAUAUAUCCCCUAUGUUAGUGAUCGAUAUAAAGGUAAAACAUAUAUUUAUAUGGAAGGAGAUAGUGAUAGUGGACACUACUACGAAGAUACAACUGAUGUAACUUCCUCAGAAAGUGAGUAUGAAGAAUUGGAUAUUAAUGAUAUAUAUGUACCACGUGCUCCUAAAUAUAAAACAUUGAUUGAAGUAGUACUAGAACCUAGUGGUAACAACACAACAGCUAGUGGUAAAAACACACCUAGUGAUACACAAAAUGAUAUACAAAAUGAUGGUAUACCUAGUAGUAAAAUUACAGAUAAUGAGUGGAAUCAAUUGAAAGAUGAUUUUAUAUCUAAUAUGUUACAAAGUGAACAACCAAAUGAUAUACCAAAUGAUUAUAGUAGUGGAACUAUUCCAACAAAUACCAAUAAUACUACCCCAUCACAUGAUAAUGUGGAUAAUAAUACCCAUCCUACCAUGUCACGUCUUAAUGUGGACCAAAAACCUUUUAUUACAUCUAUACAUGAUAGGGAUUUAUAUACUGGAGAAGAAUAUAAUUAUAAUGUUAAUAUGAGUACUAAUAUUAUGGAUGAUAUUCCAAUAAGUGGUAAAAAUACUGUAUACAGUGGUAUAGAUUUAAUUAAUGAUUCACUAAGUGGUAAUCAACAUAUUGAUAUAUAUGAUGAAAUGUUGAAACGAAAAGAAAAUGAAUUAUUUGGAACAAAUCAUGUGAAACAAACAAGUAUACAUAGUGUUGCCAAACUAACAAAUAGUGACCCCAUCCACAACCAACUGGAACUAUUCCAUACAUGGUUAGAUAGACAUAGAGAUAUGUGCGAAAAGUGGGAAAAUCAUCACGAACGAUUAGCCAAAUUGAAAGAAGAGUGGGAAAAUGAGACACAUAGUGGUAACACUCACCCUAGUGAUAGUAACAAAACGUUGAAUACUGACGUUUCUAUACAAAUACAUAUGGAUAAUCCUAAAACAAAGAAUGAAUUUAAGAAUAUGGAUACAACCCCCAACAAAUCUACUAUGGAUACUAUGCUGGAUGAUCUAGAAAAGUAUAACGAACCCUACUACUAUGAUUUUUAUAAAGAUGAUAUCUAUUAUGAUGUAAAUGAUGAUGAUAAAACAUCUAUGGAUAACAACAAUAACCUUGUAGAUAAGAAUAACCCUGUGGAUAGUAACAACUCCACCUAUAACCACCGCAACCCUGCAGAUAUUAACAAAAAUUUUGUGGAUAAAAACAACCAAAACCAACACCCUAUAGAAAAACCUACCAAAAUACAAAUUGAAAUGAAUUCAAAUAAUCGGGAAGUGGUCGAACAGCAAUAUCCUAUAGCGGAUAUAUGGAAUAUAUGA